UUUUAUUUUACAUAUUUCUGCUUGGUUCACUACAGUUUCAAGGAAAAGAGAAGAGAUGGAUGAGAAACCUCUGUUCUUACAUUUCCACAACCAUCGAAUGAAAGACGGAGGUGUCCCAACCAGCAGCUUGGCUGGGCAGAUGACAGCAAAAGUUGGUGGAGGAGCAGAAACUAGCAAGAACCGUGAUCUGGACCCUAAUCAAAAGACGUCCGAUUCUUCAGACAUUGAAGUUAGUGGAGAAGAUGAAGAUGAUUUGAAUCUAGACUCCGAGCGUUCAGACUCUGGGCCUGAAAUUGGAAACGGAGACCAUGGCUGUAAUGAGAACAAGUCUUCGGAGUCAGAUAUUAAGACCAUCAACAAAUCAUUUAGCUGCCCUGUGUGUAGUAUACGGUUCCUCCACAAGUGGUCUCUUCAGGAACAUGUGAGAGUGACAAAUCAUUCAGCAGUAAAGUCGUCAGAGUGUUCGGUUAAUACAAAAUGUGUGAAAGAGAAGCAACAUGGAGAAUCAUGUAGAAAAGUCAAGAAACAACUAAAAUCAUUUAGUUGUGAUGACUGUGGGAAAAGAUUUAGCCAGAAUUCCAAAUUAACCCGUCAUAUGAAAGGCCACACCAGGCCUUUUGCCUGUGUGCUCUGUGGUAAAAGAUUUAGCCAGAAAAAUAAUUUAAACACACAUAUGAGAGUCCACACAGGAGAGAAGCCUUUUGCGUGUGAGCUCUGUGGAUACAGAUGUAUCCAAAAGGCAAGUUUAAACGGUCACAUGAGAGUCCACACAGGAGAGAAGCCUUUUGCCUGUGAGCUCUGUGGACAAAGAUUUGGCUUGAAAAAGCAUUUAAACUAUCACAUGAGAGUCCACACAGGAGAGAAGCCUUUUGCCUGUGAGCUCUGUGGAUACAGAUGUACCCAAAAGGCAAGUUUAAACACACACGAGAGAGUCCACACAGGAGAGAAGCCUUUUGCCUGCGAGCUCUGUGGAUACAGAUGUGCCGAAAAGUCAAAUUUAAACAGACACAUGAGAGUCCACACAGGAGAGAUGCCUUUUGUAUGUGAGCUCUGUGGAUACAGAUGUACCGUAAAGGCAAGUUUAAACACACACAUGAGAGUCCACACAGGAGAGAAGCCUUUUGCCUGUGAGCUCUGUAGAUACAGAUGUACGGAAAAGGCAAGUUUAAACAGACACAUGAGAGUCCACACAGGAGAGAAGCCUUUUGCCUGUGAGCUCUGUGGACAAAGAUUUAGCCGUAAACACAGUUUAAACACACACAUGAGAGUACACACAGGAGAGAAGCCUUUUGCCUGUGAGCUCUGUGGAUACAGAUGUACCCAAAAGUCACAUUUAAACGAUCACAUGAAUGUCCACACAGGAGAGAAGCCUUUUAUCUGUGAGCUCUGUGGGUACAGAUGUACCCAAAAGACAAGUUUAAACCAACACAUGAAAGUCCACUCAGGAGAUAAGCCUUUUGCCUGUGAGCUUUGUGGACAAAGAUUUAGCCGUAAAGAUAGUUUAAACAAACACAUGAGAGUCCACACAGGAGAGAAGCCUUUUGCCUGUGAGCUCUGUGGAUACAGAUGUACCCAAAAGGGAAGUUUAAACAGACACAUGAGAGUCCACACAGGAGAGAAGCCUUUUGCUUGUGAGCUCUGUGGACAAAGAUUUAGCCACAAAAAUUAUUUAAACAUACACAUAAAAGUCCACACAGAAGAGAAGCCUUUUUCCUGUGAGCUCUGGGAAAAGAUUUAGCCAU